CGGCACGUCAUCUCUUCCCUACUCUUGUCGUCACCUUCCAUCGACGUCCUUUUGCGGAGGCGAAGACGACAUCAACCGUCCCACUGCCUUUCUUCCAUCCCCUUUCUGAUCUCGUCAACAGGCCGGCACGACUCGUGCAUCGUCUCCCCACUUCUCCACGUCGUCCCGAUUGGAUCAGUGGUGUCGUUCCCCGACAUCACUACUUACUGACAGUUGCUCCCUGUUAUAUAGUACUUACUACUAUCUGUCAAAGUUCAAGAACUGGAUCCACUCACAACAAGUUACCAAAUCGCGAAGAUUCCAAACGGAAGUAGCAGCAUCUAAGAUCUUCUUUCUCACCCGUUGCGCCAUCCCCAAGCGCCCCGUUCUCCAUACCCCGCGACUUUCAGACAGCGCCGAAUCCAACAGCCAGUGCACCGAUCAGUUUCCGACCAGUUCCCGCGCAGCUCCAUUCCAACCACCCGUGCGGAUUUCUCUCAGUAAACCACCGGGCGAAAUACGGUAGGCUAGCCCUGGCGCAAGUGUCGUAUACUUUUUGACCGGUCGGAUCCGCGACCGACCGCGCAAACCACACGGUCAUUCUGCCUCGCGCCAUCUCGGAGUCCAACCCCCACCCAGUGCGAUAAAUCAACCGGACACCACCAUGGGUUCCUGGAACUGGAGAGAUCUGCUCACCAACCGGGACCGGCAACAGUUCCCUGAGGUAGUCGUCCCUCUCGCCAAUGCCCCUGCGCCUGAGAAACCGACCACGGCCCCCUAUGCGGAAAAGAAGCCCGACUCGGAAGCCGACUCUAACCACACCAAUGACAGGGCAUCAUGUCAAGAGAAGGGCGCCGCUUCGUCGCCGCCGCCGCCGUACAGCGAGCUAACCCUCGAAACGCUUCGUGCGGAAGUCGAAGCGGACGUUUCCUCUUCCUCUCAUGAUACUGCCUAUGACCGGAAAUCGAAGGUGAUCAACAGGGCCAUCCAGGAUAUUGGCAUGGGCCGUUACCAGUAUGAACUGUAUGUUCUGUGUGGUUUUGGAUGGGUUGCCGAUAAUCUCUGGCUGCAGGGAGUUGCUCUCACGCUGACUCCCCUGGCCAACGAAUUCGGUAUCUCCGAGUCUAAUUCUCGUUUCGCAACGUGUGCCCUGUUCGUGGGUCUGAUUGUUGGUGCUUCUUUCUGGGGUCUUGCCUCGGAUGCAAUUGGACGUCGGCCUGCGUUCAACAUGACGCUAUUUCUCUGUGGAGCAUUUGGACUCGCCGCUGGUGGUGCAUCGAGUUGGGUUGGGGCCUGCGCGCUGUACGCAUGCUUAGGGGUAGGAGUAGGCGGAAACCUGCCUGUCGACGCUGCCGUCUUCCUGGAGUUUCUGCCUUUCACCUCAGGCAAUCUUCUGAGCUCCCUGGCCGUAUUCUGGUCCGUCGGGAAUCUGAUUGCCAGUCUGCUGGCGUGGGCAUUCAUCCCCAACUUCUCCUGCGACGAAGCCUCGACCUGCACCAAGGCGAACAACUGGGGUUGGAGAUACCUGGUUUUGUCGCUGGGUGCCAUCACAUUUGCCAUGUUCCUCUGUCGGUUCCUCCUCUUUACGCUGUACGAGUCGCCCAAGUACCUCGUCUCCCGAGGACGUCAGGAUGAGGCCGUGGGUGCCGUUCAAGGCAUCGCCAAGAAAAACAGGACCAAGACGUGGCUGACGGAGGAGAUCCUAAAUGAAAUCGGGGGACACUCCGAGGAGAAAAUCAAGGACCAAACUUUGUCCUAUACGGAGAUUCUUAGACGAUCGCUGGAGCGGUUCUCCUACCAGCAGAUCGUCCCCUUGUUCGGCAACAAGCGUCUCGGGUUUACCACGAUUCUAAUCUGGUUCUGCUGGACCACAAUCGGCAUGGGCUACACGCUCUUCAACGCCUUCCUCCCGCAAUACAUCGGCGCCAACUCCUCCACCUACAUCACCUACCGCAACUACGCCAUCACAGCCGUCUGCGGCCUGCCCGGCCCGCUCCUCGCCUGGUACACCGUCGACAUCAAAUACAUCGGACGCAAAGGCACAAUGGCUGCGUCAACCCUCAUCACCGGCGUGCUCCUCUUCUGCUUCACAGCCUCCAAAGACCCCAACGUGCAGCUCGUCUGCUCCGCGCUCGAAUCCUUCUUCCAGAUGAUCAUGUACGGCGUGCUGUACGCCUACACGCCGGAGGUGUUCCCCGCGCCCAACCGUGGCACCGGCACCGGUAUCGCUAGCUGUUUGAACCGCAUUGCGGGGUUGAUGGCGCCUAUUAUUGCUAUUUACACGACUGAUGCCGACCCCGCGAGUCCGAUUUAUGCGGCCGGGGCGCUUAUGUUGGCUGCUUUUGUGGCGAUGUGCUUGUUGCCGAUUGAGACGCGGGGGAGACAAGCUCUAUAGUUUGGAUUAUGAAGUUGGCUACUAUGUGGGUAGUUUGCAUAUAAGAGAGAUGACGGACCGUUGGGCUGGUAUAUACUCGAGACUGGUAAGGAGUGUAUAAUCGAGAACAGCCUUGACAUUAUCCCGCCGGAGUGUAUAUACUGUAUACGAGGCUUGCAUCAUACACUGAACUUGAACGAUGUUCACGUGUGUAUUUAUCAGCGAGACAUCUCAU